AUGGUGUUCUACUUCAAGGCCAGGCCAGAGGCUGGAGACUACACCAUUUUCAUGGGCAUAGACAAGUAUGAGAACGAGGAGCUCAUCCAGUACGGCUUACCGGAAGAUAUUUGGUUUCAUGUGGAUAAAAUGUCUUCUGCCCAUGUUUAUCUGAGACUCCACAAGGGUCAAACCAUUGAUGAUAUACCUGAAGGAAACAAAGCGAACAAUGUGGAUGUCGUUUACACUCCCUGGCAAAAUCUGAAGAAAACUCCAUCUAUGGAUGUUGGGCAAGUUGGUUUCCACACCUCAAAAACAGUUCGGACAGUGAGAGUGGAAAAGCGGAUAAAUGAUAUAGUUAACCGGUUAAACAAGACAAAGGUCGAGAGACAUCCGGAUUUCAAAGCUGAAAGGGAGGCAGUUAAUGCGGCUGAGAAGGCCGAAAGGAAGCAGCAGACGAGGGACAAAAAACGUCGUGAAGAGUUGGAGAGGCUCGAAAAAGAGAAGCAAGCCGAGUUAAGGAGCUACAAAAAUUUAAUGGUGGCAGAUAAGAUGACCUCCAACAAGGACAUAGCCUCCACCAACAAAUCUCUACAGGAACUUGAAGAAGACUUCAUGUGA